CAAAUAGAGAGUGUGUCAGGGCGCUCUUCGCAAUACCAAGGAGGAUGGUGUGAGGCGUUUCAGCAAGACGAUAUACCAUGCGAGUCUGUCUAACAAUACUGCUCGCAGACCGCUGUCCGGCGAUCGUGUAGCUUCCAAGGUUCUAGGGUGAUGGUGUGGGAAGGCGCCCAAGAUGGCACGAGCUGUGGCUGCGGGUGAACGGCUUGGCAGACGACAUCAUUGGACGUCAGCUUGCCAGCACUUGAGAGAGCACCACCACCGAGCUUCGCACCUCACAACCGCCAAAGCUUCCACGGCGCCCCUCGACACUUUCCGCAGCUGAUGCAUUCAGCAUGGCUGCGGACUCAAUCCAGGACGAGCCCGAAGCGGCCGCGCGCGACGAACAGAAGCCGAGCAAUGGGAAGCCCGCCGCGCACGAGUCUGAGAGCGAAGACGACGACGACGACGACGACGACGCGGACGAGGAGCCGAAGCUCAAGUACACGCGCCUGACGAGCAGCUUGGCGCCCGUGUACCGGAAUGGCGACGCGACAAGCACCUUCUUGGUCGCCGGCGACAAAAUGAUCGUAGGCAGCCAUAAUGGAAACAUCCACGUCCUGACCGUCCCCACCUUCCAACCGCUCCGCAACUACAACGCCCACCCGUCGGCCUCAGUCACCGCGCUGUCCGUCUCGCCGUUCCCGCCCCCGGCUGCUGCCCUCCAGUCAAACUCGCCGAACAGAACCAUCGAUACCCCAGAAACCCCUCAACGUCCACCCCCCGGGCAGGCCCCGCGCACGCCCCGCCAGCAGCCCCUCGUGCCCGCAAUCCCUUCGAAUCAGAUUUACAUCGCAUCCGCGUCAAUCGACGGCCAUGUCUGCGUGUCCUCGUUGGUCGACCCGAAAGACGUCACCUUGAGGAACUUUGCCCGUCCCGUGCAGGCUGUGGCUCUGUCGCCCGAAUACAAGUCUGAUCGACAGUACCUUUCCGGUGGACUGGCUGGCGAGCUUAUUCUUACAACUGGCGGACAGGCGGGUGUCCGCUCCAACGCGAAUACAAGCCAUGCUUCUCACGCAGCCCAAGGCUGGCUUGGCGCCAUCGGCCUGGGAGGCAACAGCGGCAAGGACAACAUCCUCCAUUCGGGCGAGGGCACAAUCAGCACAAUCAAGUGGUCGCUGUCCGGGAAGUUUGUGGCGUGGGUCAACGAGCAUGGCAUUCGGAUAAUGCGAACGAACCUGCAUCUUGAGGGCAAUGACUCGGAUGCUGCGUGGAAGAGGAUAGGUUUCAUCGAGAAGCCGAACCGCAAGAUAUGGGAAGAGAUGGCGGGUGUUUGGAAGGCGCGUCUCGAGUGGGUGGAUGACCGGCAGCUGGAGUCAGAUGACGACGCCAUCAUGAAGAUGAACAAUAGCAAUGCCACCGAGAAAUCAGAUGCUCUGCUACCACAUCACCGCACUUCGGGAAAGAAGUCACAGUCCAGCAAAAAGAUCGGAAAGCUUGAGAAGCUGGUCAUUGGUUGGGGAGACGCAGCCUGGGUAGUCCACGUCAAUCCUGGAGGUGCAGGCGUCGGCAGAGAUGUCGGCGAGAGAUCGGUGGGAAGCGCCGAGAUUGUCCAUUUCCUUCGGUUCGAUGAUUGCAUUGUUUCUGGCAUAUCGCUAUAUACCCCUUCUUUACUUCUUGUUCUUGCCUAUCGAACUCGCGACGACGACGACAAUCCCAUUUCCCAGGAUACCACUCCCAAACGCGGCAUGUCUAGGCGCCACAACGGUCUCUCGCCUGAACUGAAGUUGAUCGACGCGGCUACUUCGGACGAAGUCGAGGUAGAUUCAUUGACUGUAAGCCGGUAUGAGAGUCUGUCCGCAGCCGACUAUCAUCUCGGCACGCUUUACGUGCCACAUCCGAAGGCCCUGACACCCGCGCAAAAAAGCGCAAUAGAAGCAAUCGGUGGCGGUAUUUGGGAUGCGACUCUAGGCGCCGCCCGAAUUUUCAGCUCAGGUGCAAGCAUGGUCAGUAUGCCUGGUAGUGCAGAUGUGAGAGCACCGUCAGUCUCGUCCUCUGGGAACAUAUCCGCGUCAGUCGCGGGAAAGAGACUGCCACAGGCACAUCCAAAUGCGGCUGGCCCUGGCCUCAAGGUCUUCAUCCAAAGCCCAUACGAUUGCGUGCUAGCCAUAAAACGAGACUUGUCAGAUCACUUCAAUUGGGAGGUUGAGCACGAGAACUACAAGGAUGCAUGGGAACUUCUCGAGGAUCAUCCCGAGAUCGCUGCUGCUGCCACACACACUACCACCGAGUCCUCUCCUGCCAGCACUCCUUCGAAGAAGCCGGGCAGCUUACAGGAGUUCUUUGCCGACGAGGAUGCUUCACAGACCACCAUAUCGGCCACACGCGCAAAUCAUAAUUCUGCAGUCGAGAAGGAAAAGAGGCGGAUAGGCGACCUGUGGGUGCAGCAGCUUGUCAAGUCUGGGAAUUGGGAGCAGGCUGGUAAAAUCGCUGGCCGCGUGCUGGGCACUUCACAGCGAUGGGAACACUGGGUCUGGAAGUUUGCCGAAAAAGACCACUUCAACGAGAUUGCGCCACACAUGCCAAAGAAGCAAAUGCAGCCGCCGUUGCCUUCUACUAUCUACGAAGUCGUUCUCGGCCAUUAUAUCAUCCACGACCGCGUACGCUUCAAGCAUUUAUUAGAAGACUGGGACACAGGCCUCUUCGACACGGGAAUCGUCAUUGAAGCCAUCAAGAGCAAGCUGGCUGGAGGCGACGUAACUGAAGACUCGGUAGAAGGCAACGAGCAAGGCCGAGACUGGCGGAUACUGCAGGACGCGUUGGCGAAGCUUUAUUUGGCUGAAGGGCAUCAGCGAGAUGCUUUACGUUGCUAUAUUCGCCUGCAGAAUGCAGAUGCAGCUAUGGACUUGAUAAGAGACUUCCACCUUGUCGACGCUAUACGAGAUGACAUUCCGGGGUUCAUACUACUUCGUGUGUCGAAAGAGCAGAUGGAAUCAGCUACGCUUGAGGAGCUAGAGGAGUCUUCUUUUGAAGCUGUUGGGGUCUUGGUCGACGAAGCAACCCGUGGCAACGUGCCUGCCCCUGAAGUAGUUGAACAACUACAGCGAAAGGGCGAUUCGUUCCAACCAUUCCUGUUUUUCUACCUAAGAUCGAUGUGGAGACCUGAGAGCCAAGAGCGGAAAGGCAGGACGGCAAAGGAGCGCGUGCAUGCGGGGAGACUGGCUGUGGAUGGCAAGCACAUUGCUGAGGAGUUCGCCGAUCUGAUGGUCGAGUUGUUUGCCGAAUACGACCGCGAGUUACUUUUGAGGUACUUGCGUGAGUCGCAGGCGUACGACCUAAGCAAAGCGACCGGCAUCUGCGAAAGCCGACAGUACAUCCCUGAGCUAGUCUACAUCCUUUCCAAAACCGGACAGACAAAGCGCGCUCUGUACUUGAUCAUCGACAAGCUGUCGGAUGUCAGCUUCGCAAUCUCAUUUGCCAAAGAGCAAGAUGACCCAGACCUCUGGAACGACCUCCUCGAGUUCUCCAUGGAUAAACCACACUUUAUUCGCGGCCUCCUCGCAGAGGUUGGAACCGCUAUCAACCCCGUCCAGCUCGUUCGGCGCAUUCCCGAAGGCCUAGAGAUCGAGGGCCUCAGAGAUGGUAUUCGUCGGAUGGUGCGAGAGUACGAGAUCCAGUACUCCAUCUCAGAGGGCGUAGCCAAGGUGCUAAGAGGAGAAGUGGCAACAGGCAUGGGCAUCCUUCGCGCAGGCCAAAAGCGCGGCGUCAAAUUCGAGGUCGUACCUUGCGACGACGACGACGACGAAGACUCUUUCGACCCUUCGCUGGAGAAGCAGAAAGCAGGCUUAUCUGGAAAGCUGAAGUCAGGCAAGAAAGUCGACAUUGAAACCAAGGGUGUCGAUCCUCAUACUGCAGCAAAAGUUACGCAUGACGAUACCACCACCACUGCACUGUCCUCUCACACUAAUGCCCUUGCCGGUAUCCAGUCGGAUCCUUCUCCACCUACUGGGGAUGCUCCUCCCGGGCACUGCACAGGCUGUCACAAGCCGUUCAUGCUUCCCACCGCGGAAGAAGAAAUGCUUACGGAAGGCCCUGUCCCACCUUCUCGCGACACGCUCGUAGGUUUUGCGUGCGGCCACGUGUUCCACCUGUCCUGCCUCUUACCCAAGACGAGCGCGAGUGCGAGCGUGGCAGCGACACUACAGCAGCAGCUCGCGAGUGAUGCAGAGGAUGGCGGACGCUGGACGAGGAGCGUCGGCGCCAAGGUGGCGCAUGCGCAUGUCAUAAAAAGAGCGGUGGGGGCGGGGUGUGUGGUCUGUAAGGAAAGGGACGCGGUUGGAGAGGAACGAUGAGUUAGGAUUUGGAUGGCGGUGUACUGGAGGGAUGCAUGGGACGGGUUGGUGGUGUAUAUAUGUGGGCUUUGGUUACUGUGGGAGGCACUUCUUGAGAAAUGUGUUAGUAAAUUUGAACGGAUACAAAGCCGCAUUGAGCUAAGACAGGGUAGUGUAUGUC